AAAGUGGAGCUUUUCCCACAUAAGAGUCCAAAUAAAAAGUCACCAUAAUUAACCAUCAAAGAGAAGAACUCUCAAAUUGAAGAGAGAGUUCAUAUUAAUUCUCUCUUUCUCUCAAGAUGGGAAUAAAAAAUAUUAACUUUCAUGUUCAUCAAGACAUGGAUGUUUGCUUUCAAACUCCAAAUUUCAUUGAAUGGUUAAAACCAUCAUCUAAUACUUCUUCUUCAUCUCCCUCCUCUUCAUCUUCCUCCACCAUCACUCAAUCAAAAAUAUUGAUUAGUCAUGAGACAACAAAUCCCAUGAGUACUUUCUUGAAACUUCCUCUCCUUUACAAUCCACAAGAAAUUCAAUGUUUGCCUCUUCUUAGCAAAUUAACCGAUCUGAAAAAAGAGAAGAAGGAGGAAGAUUAUGAAAUGAAGGAAGAAAAUAUGGAGAAAGUUAGAGUGUCUUUGCAUAUAGGGCUUCCUGAUGUUGAUGAAGCAAAGCCUUUUAGCUACAAGAAGGAAGAAAAAAAUAAGGAGAAAAAUAGUAGUACUAUUAUUAAUAAGGGUUGCAAUUUCAACAGUGAGAGUAGGUUUUGGAUCCCAACACCAGCUCAAAUUCUUGUUGGUCCCAUGCAAUUUGCUUGUAAUAUAUGUAACAAGACCUUUAAUAGGUACAACAACAUGCAGAUGCACAUGUGGGGGCAUGGUUCUGAAUACAGAAAAGGACCAGAAUCACUUAGAGGAACACAACCAGCAGCAAUGCUAAGGCUACCAUGCUAUUGUUGUGCUCAAGGUUGCAAGAACAACAUCAACCAUCCAAGGGCAAAGCCAUUGAAGGAUUUUAGAACCCUUCAAACACACUACAAGAGGAAACAUGGUACAAAAUCAUUUAGUUGUAGGAAAUGUGGAAAGACAUUUGCAGUGAAAGGAGAUUGGAGGACACAUGAGAAGAAUUGUGGGAAAUUAUGGUAUUGCACUUGUGGUUCUGAUUUUAAGCACAAGAGGUCACUUAAAGAUCAUAUUAGGUCAUUUGGUAAAGGCCAUUCUCCUCACCCUUCUCUUGAUGGAUUUGAAGAUAAUUAUAAGGAGUAUUGCAUUAAUAGUAGUACUGGUGGUUCUAGUGAUGAUGAUGACGACGACAUUAAUUGAGGAAAUUUCAAAAUUAUUCUUCAAGAGUAAUCAAGAAUUUCUCCCUUGCUAAUUCAAAUGAAAUUCUUGACUACUCUUGGAGUUUAUGCUAGGGAGUUUGAGUUUUAUACAUCGUCAGUAUAAAUACUGCUUCACACCAUCCGGUCAUUCAAAUCUAGAAGUAAGAUAAGUUUGCUACGUACAAGUGGUAAACAUGACCUGAUUGUGUGAAAAUUGUUUAUACUGAGAGUGUAUAUUACUUCUUCUUUUUUUGUGUGUGUGGGUGUGUGUGUUUGAUGGAUGGUGCAGCCCUGGCAAUUGCUCAACAACAAAAAAUUCUCAGGAAGGGAGGGGUAUGUUGAGGAGCAUUAGCAUGGUGGUGAUCAUUAAUAAGUAGUAUUACUUAGAUAUAUAUGGUUUUAUAUUAUUUGUUUUACUAAUUUUGUGUAUUGUAACAAUAAGGGUGAUGACCUUAUAAAACAUUAAAGUACAUGAAGCAGGUGAAUUUUCUCCUUGGCUGUGCUACUUAGCUAAUAGGUUUAUUGGAGAAAAUUUAUCAGCUUCAUUGCUAACUUGUAGUGUUCCAUAGUAUAAUGAGUUGAGUUCAAUUAUA